AUGGGUAAAUCUCGUGGUUACAGAUCCGGUACUAGAUACGCCUUCCAAAGAGACUUCAAGAAGAGAGGUACUAUUCCUCUCUCCACCUACUUGAAGACCUACAAGGUUGGUGACAUUGUGGACAUCAAGGCCAACGGUUCUAUCCAAAAGGGUAUGCCACACAAGUACUACCACGGUAAGACUGGUAUUGUUUACAACAUCACCAAGUCUUCUGUUGGUGUUAUCAUCAACAAGAUUGUUGGUAACCGUUACAUCGAGAAGCGUGUUAACUUGAGAGUUGAGCACGUUAAGCACUCCAAGUGUCGUCAAGAGUUCUUGGACCGUGUUAAAUCUAACGCUGCUAAGAGAGUUGAGGCCAAGGCUAAGGGUGAGGCUGUCCAAUUGAAGAGACAACCAGCUAAGCCAAGAGAGGCUAGAGUUAUCUCCACCGAGGGUAACAUCCCACAAACUUUGGCUCCAGUUCCAUACGAGACCUUCAUUUAA